AUUUGUUCAGGACAUAGAACAUUUGGAAAAAGAAUCCUUGUUGUUAAAGGAAGUACUGCAUCCCUAAGAUGAAGAAACUCUUCAUAUGCCUACUGUUUACUGCAUUGCUUUUUGAAAAAUAUGCAAAUACUCAGGCAUGUGCAAUUGAUAGCGUGAUUGAAUCAAAGAUUAAGAAAAUAAUUGCUUCCACAGUGCCUUCAUACCUGCCAAAAGGCCAGAUAGUUUGCCAAGAUGUGAAAUCUAAAGGUUCUUAUUCCAGUUGUCCAUCAGGUUUUAUACCCACUUCAUGUGCCUGUGGAAUGGCUUGUGGAUCUUGGGAUAUUAGUCACAACUCAGUUUGUCACUGCCAAUGUGCCUAUAUGGACUGGACUACAGCCCGGUGCUGCAAAAUCUCUUAACUGAUGGCUCCUAAGCUACCUUGGUGGCAGGUUGCCUCC